CUUCAGCCCGCAUUCGGUCGCGGUGGUCGCUACCACCAUGGAAUUCCCCGUAAGACUCGACGACAAAAACUAUGACAUAAAAAAGUUCUUACGCGACCACCCAGGCGGUACAAACACACUAAAGAAUUACAAGGGGAAAAAUAUCUUACAAGCAAUGGAAAAAUUUGGACACAGUGUUAAUGCUUACCAUAUGUUGAAUGAUUUUAAAGUGGAGAGUGAGAAAGAUAGUAACUUGCGUGGUGUUAGUGAGAAUGGUAGGAUUAUUACUAAAGAAGAGGAUGGCAGGGAUAAAGAGGAGAUCGCGUAUUUAGAGGAGCUGGAGGCUCGACUGGAGUGGUCAAAGCCCCUCCUAUCCCAGUUGGACGCCAUCGCCCCAGACUACGAGAAAUGGGUGAACAGUGCUGUAUACCGGCACUGCCGGCUCUUCAGCAGCCCGCUGCUGGAGGCGCUGACCUUCACGCCCUGGUACCUGGUGCCGGCGUGCUGGCUGCCCGCCAUACUGUGGCUGGCCACACGCCAGUACAGGGAGCAUGUGGCUCAAGAUAGCAGUGAUGCGUUAUCAAUCCUUCAGUUCUUCUGGCACCUGGCGCUAGGUCUAUUCCUGUGGUCCAUCAUAGAGUACUCGCUACACAGAUGGGUGUUCCACUUAGACCCAGGGAAGAACCUCACCAUGAUAAAGAUACAUUUCCUGAUACAUGGGCUACAUCAUAAGAUGCCAUUUGACGGUCUUCGCCAAGUGUUCCCGCCGGUGCCUGCUCUGAUGCUGGCUUGCAUCAUUUACCAGCCACUGUCGUGUUUCCUGAGUUACCCACUCAUCAAGCUGACUGGUGGACUCAUAGGUUACUUAACGUACGACAUGAUACACUACUACGUGCAUCAUGGCUCACCAGCCGACGGAACCUACCUCUACGCCAUGAAGCGCUACCAUUCCAAUCAUCACUUCGUCAACCAUGACAGAGCAUUUGGCAUCAGCAGCGAGCUCUGGGACCACGUGUUCAAAACCUUCGUGAAGCUCCGGACGCUCGGCUUCAGUUUACGAUGGGACUGAUCGGUUUGGAACCUAGAUAGUGAUAGGUAUUCAGAAUUAGAUAGAGUAUUUAAACUCACGGGAAUAUGAUAUAGGUACGACAGCCUAGACUACCUAGACUUCUUUACGGAAAUAUAGAAAUAAGAACGAGUAGAACUGUAAAUUAUGAGGGAACAGAUGAACAUACAUAUACAUACCCACAUACAUACCGGUCAAAAUCAUAACCCUCCUUUUGCGUUGCCGUAGUCGGGUAAAAAAGUGAAUUUGAUUUCGUAAAAAUUGGAUUCGAGCAUAAAGGCCUGUGCACACCGGCUACUUGCGUAGACGUGGACGUGCGCGAUGUAUAUACAGAGGGCCUACCGCGAAUCACGUUCGACGGGUUGCCUGCCUGUCACACUUACGUACGAAUUUACAAGGGCGACAGAGAGGCUACACGUCGAACUUGGUUCGUGGUAGGCACUCAGAUCCUUAUGAGAGACGGCACACCGCUUGCGUGACGUGUGCGUGCGCGGCUCCGACAUUUUAGAGCACGUGCACGUUUACGGACACGGAGCUGAUGUGCUCUGACCUGAACCCUGUACUUAACCUUAUUAAAUGCACAAACGCAAAUGUCCUACCACUCUAUCUUAUUCUGAAUACCCGUAUUAUCCCCUCCUAAAGUCAGUGUCCUGAGCCGCAAAGUUUUACAAUAAUGGAUACAAGAAUUAACCCAACGUGAAGAAAAUCUUUAAAAAAUAAUUGAGACCGUUAGGAGGAAAGGAAUCUGCAUUUAUUAUUUUAGUCAUAGGUGCUAAGUAAAUACUUAGAGUUAGACCAAGAUAAGACUGCAACGAUUUUGAUAGCACAGUGCAAGUGUUAUUUAACUUAUUCAUACGUCACUAUCGAUUUACGCGCUCCGGUUUCACACGGGUUUCAGAAAACCUUAACAAAUUAUACACCUAAACCUUCCUCAAGAAUCACUCUAUUGAUAGACGAAAACCGCAUGAAAAUCCGUUCAGUACUUUUUGUGUUUAUCCCGAACAUACAUACACACAAACAUACAGGCACAGAGGGGGACUUUGUUUUAUAAGGUGUAGUGACAAUUUCAUAGAAGUUUGACGUUUAAUAAUGCUUGCACUGCGUUGUGCUAUCAAAAUCGUUGCAGACUUAUCUUGGUCUAAUAUUACGUAUGUGUAAUUUUAAAUUCUAUAAGUACAAACCAUAUAUUAUAUAUAUAUAUAAAUCCUAUAUUCUACACUUUCAUACAUAAAUCAAUCAUUUUAAGAUAGACCCCAAAGUUUUAAAAGAAGAUGUCAAAGGGAUAAUUUUCUUAGUCCAUAUUAAGAAGACAAAAAAUUAACUUUAACUGAAUAUACAAUUUAUGUGUAUGCUGCAAUAGAGAUACCACAUCAGAAGCAUAGCGUAAAGAUAAUAAGAUUAGGUUAUCAUGUGAUACCACCAAAAUUGUGUAUAGAUGAUACGAUUGUUACGAUACAUAUUAUUUAUUAGAUUGUAUAUUAAGAUACAAUUGAUAGAUAUAUUGUAGAUAUAGAUGUAAGAAAUAGAUAGAUAUAAGUAAAACUAUUUGUACACCGACUUCACGGUAGAAUAUGAUGGAACUUGCAUUCAUUCUAAUUUAAGAUCACAUCAAUGUACCAUAUCAAUGUACCAUAUUAAAUUGUCUUUCACCUGUUAGUAUCUGAUCCUUUCGCAUUUUCUCAAAGGUUAGCUGGAAGAGAUCCCUUUUAGGGAUAAGUUCGCCUUUGUACAUAACAUUUUUAUUUUUGUUUUGUUUUUGUCCAUUUUAUGUAAACCUGUUUAUGUGCAAUAAAGUGACAUACAUACAUACAUACAUACAUAUUCUGACCAAUAAAUACAUUUCAUUUCAUUUUAGCGUUAGUCCAUAAUAAGUACUAUUUGACCGUAGUUCUGUAGAAAACGACCAAUUUUUUAUUUUUGUCCAAGUGACUUACAUUAAUUACUCGAUUUGGAGAGUUGGUCGCUUUUCGCAUUGAUAAAAAAAUUUAGGUGGUCGUUUACUGCAUAACUUUUGCUCUUAUUUUGUUUUUAAGAGUCAUUUAAAUCAAGCCGCCGCAAUACAAUCGAGGUUUCGCUUUUAUUUUAAAACACCAUUCUGAAAGAAAACACAUGUCAGGUACUAGGUUACUCAUUUUCGUUAUUAAAAAUCGAAUUACAAAGAAAUUAGAGCGAGAGAACCUCAUAUAGCGUUUUAGAUGUUGCAAUAAACAAGUCAGAGUUUAAGUUUUUAUCAAACUUAUUUUCGCUCUAGGGGCUAUUCAUAAAUUACGUCAUUUCAAAUUAGGGGGGGGGGGUCUGGACAUCGGAUGACGGUAGCAUGAAGUAAGAAAAAAUGGGGUCAUUUGAAGCAUGAUUUUUGGAUGACUAUAGGGGGGGGGGGGGUCAAAAAUCGUCAAAAAUCAGUUAAUGCAAAGUUUCAUGUACUCGGAAAGUGUCAUUCUAUGGAACUUGCUAAUUAUGUAAACAAAUCGCCAUAUUGAAAUUGUCUAUGAAUGAUGAAUUUCCUAUACUUGGUCAAGCAAACCUUGUCAGUAGAAAAAGGCACGAAAUUCAAAUUUUCUGUGGGACGAUAACCUUUAGCGCCUACAUUUUUGAGAUUUGCCGCCUUUUUCUACUGACAAGAUCUGCUUGACCAGGUAUAUUGACCUUUAUUUAAGUACAUAGUUAGCAAAGUUCCAUAGAAUGACACUUUAAGUAUGCAUUUAAGCACGCUUUUAACAGGAGGCUGAUUCAGAUGUUACAACUACCUACAACUGUGUAUUUGUUAGGUUAUUAUUUUAUUUUGAUAAGACCUUGAAGGUGAUUAGUGCGUGCGAAAUGAUUUGAAAGUCGUGCGAGAGAUUCGGGCCAAUCACAAAGACGAUCGUCAAGGUCGUAUCGAAGUCUUCGAAACCCUACCAAGUUGUUAAUACCGAAUCGGCUAGCACCUGCAAAAAACAAAUAUUGUUAUUUUGUUCGUAUAAAAAACUUAUUUACAUUGUGAUAACCAUUGACUUUGGACAUAAGAAUACAUAGACUAGGAUAAGAAUAUAAAUAAAAUAUAUUUGGUCACUUUAAAUGUUACUUAUAGGUAUAUACGGGUGAUAUAUAUUUAUUAUGUAUAAGAAGUAGUAUUAAGUAUGUCGUCAAAUGGUAUUGAUUAUAUUUUUUUAGUUUUC